AUGGGGAAGGGUCUCCGUUCCUUGCGCCAUCUGCUUCUAUUGGAGUGCACGGUUCUCACCCACCUCCCCCCAUCCUUCUCCGGCCUGGCAUCUCUUGAAACGCUGAAGAUUGUACACGCGAAACGCGUCAGGGGCGCGCUGCUGGACGGAUUUGGCUGCUUGAAGAGCCUCAAGGAGCUGUCGCUCGAUUCCAUGCCACGCUUAUCCUCCCUUCCUGCUUCAUUCUCUGGCGUUGAUUCCCUCACCAGGCUGGACGUGGGAAAUUGCCCUAAAGUAACGGUCCUGCCAGAGGGAAUCGGACGGCUGGCGGAGCUCGAGGAGGUUAGGAUCUUUAGGAUGGGCGGCCUGAUAUGUCUCCCUCCGGCGCUCUUCGAGUUGCCCUGUCUGCUGGCGUUGGACGUGCGGGGGUGUGGUUCGCUAAGUGGGGUGCUAGGGGAUGAGAAGGUGCUUAGACGAACUGCCAGGGGAUUUGUGACCACUACCGGCAGCAGCAGCAGUAGCCGCCCUCUGCUUUCGUCCAUUCAGAGCCUCAAGUUUAAAGCGCUUAAUGUGGAGUCUUUUGGUCCAUCCCUCGGCUACAUGAGAGGGGUUCCUGCAAGGAGAGAGGAGGAUGAAGGAGAGGAGGGCGAGGGGGAGGAGGAAGAGGAGGGAGGGGAUGCGGAAGAGGAAGAGGGGGAGGAGGGAGGCGAUGUGGCUGGGGAAAGAGAAGAGGCGGGUGGGGAGGCACCAGAGGACGAGGAGAGUGGGGCUGAAGAUGAUGAUAUUGAGCAUGAGUAUGCCAUGGACAGUGACUAUGAUGACGACAUUGGCAGACGCUGGGGGGGUAGUGAUGAUGAUGACUAG